UCCAACGUCCGCCUUGUUUCCCUCCAUCUCUUCCAACCUUUCAGUGCUCGGACGUUGCGUUAAGGUGCGGAUCCAAGUCCCGCUCUUGGGGAAAUUUGAGGAAAGUCAGACGACAAAGUACCCUUCAAAGGACAGUAUAAGAUAAUUUAAAUAGAUACGACAGACACUUAUUCGCCUUUGUGCAGUUGUUUUGAAACUACAGUAAAAAUGGAUCCAAUGACUCAGUCCGCCCAGAUAUCAUCGUCGCAAGGGUUUGCUGAUGGACAAAAUUCUGCUGCCAAAGAAUCAAAGCUGUCCGAUUCCUUUCUUUCCUCUUCGCCUGUAUCUCUCAUUCAGUCUCCUCAAGACAAAAGAGUGGUCCUGGGCUCCGACAAGCCCUGCGAAGGUGUAGCGACAUCCCUUCGCUUUCCUUCUCAACCUGGCUCAUUCACCCCUGGUCAUUACGGGAGUGAAGCAGGGCCGCCAGAUGGACAGCCGGAUUCACCAAUAAAGACAUCUCCUGUUUCGGAGCGAAUAAAGGCACUUGAAGCACUUGCUGCCAAAAAGAAAGAACAUGAUUUUAGAAGUGAUGGAGGUUUCUCUCACUUCAGAGACCGCCACCAUGAGAAGUCUCCCACUGAGACCCCAAAAUCUCCCACUGAGACCCCAAAAUCUCCCACUGAGACCCCAAAAUCUCCCACUGAGAACCCAAAAUCUCCCACUGAGAAAAUUACGCCAACUGUCCAGAAAAGAGGUUCUGCAGAUCAGGAGUCACCAGAAUCCCCCUUUGAAGUACUUGGGGAUUUAAGACAAGUGAAUGAAUUUGAAGAAACAGAAGAGUGGAUGAAGGCUCAUUUACCUCCUGUCCCAGACUUUGAUGCUGUAGAUUUAAUUAAAGGCACCCAGACUUCAGACCAUGUGGCAUCAAAGGGGGCUGACAUAGUCAUACCUGAUGCUCCUGCUGCCUUUGCCAGUGUCCCUGAUGCUUUCAUGGAUUCUCCUCUUGAAGCUCCAAAACUGAAAGAUGACUUCAGUGAACCACAGAAGCAGCCAAGUGUUGAGGAGGAGUCUGAGUUUGACCUUAACUUCUUGCCAACAGCCUACAUGUGGGAUCAGCAGGAAAAAUCAGGUGUCCAAACUCUAUCAAAUCUCGAUUCAGUGCUUCCUGCUUCACCUGCACCUCCUGCAGGCUUUGGCUCCCCAUCGCCUGUCUUCCCACCAGUUCGCAGAGAUGAACAAAAUGUUUCAGAUGACAAUAAAGCCAGUUGGACUGGAGAUCUGGAACCCCCAGAGGCAAGUGAAGCGGACAGCUCAGGAGAGUCAGAUGAUACUGUCAUUGAAGAUGGUGUCACUGUUCCUACAUCUGUUCCUUCUCCAUCUUCUGAUCCAGCAGUUUCAGGUGAUCAUACCAAUACCCCUGCUUCUGCAGCUCACAAUCUUCCCAGUGAGGAAAAGGUGAUUCCUCCUCCAAAGUCGGAGAGGAAGCUAAUGCAGGUUCCCACUAUUAAUGUUAUUGAGACUGACGAGCCAAAUUACAGUGAUGAGGAGCUUGAAAUGGAGCUUGAAGCUGAAGAAGAUGAGGAUUAUGAGGUUGUAAAAGACCCUGCCAGAGAGGUUCCAAAGACCCCAGAACCAGAGCCAGAUGUCCUUAAAAAUGAAUCACCCAAGACACGUCCCUUAGAAACGGAAUUCAUGGAAGGCUACUCUCCUCCAUCCUCUCCUGUGGACUCUGAUGUCGAAUGCUCUCCCAAACACAAGAUACUCGCAUCUCUUCCUGAAACAGUCCAUCAGGAUCAGUUUGCAUCAAAUCCUGAGGCCCUACCCAAUCAAACGGAUUCAAAAGCCUCUGAGUCUGAUUCCUCCCAGGCACAAUCACAAACAAUUCCCAACAAAGGAAAUGAUGAACCCUCUCCUUUUAUAGUCACAAAUGAAGAAGUGGACUUCCCAGACAAUGACGACGAGUGGUCAGAUGAAGCGCAUGAUAUCUUGGACAAACCUUGCAAGACUGAGCUUACAUUCAUGGAACCAACUUCUGACACCCAAUCCAAAGUGGAUGAAAAGAGCAACACGGCUGCAAAAGAGGCUCCGAUGGAGACCGCUUCUCUUUCCAAGUCCAGCUUUAUGCAAGAUGAUAUAUAUGACAGAGAAUCAUUUGAUUAUGAUUAUGAUGCAUCCUCUCCCUUGGAUGACAUUGACGAUAAAGCGCUAAACAAUGCUAAGGAGCGGUUUCUGUCUGAUCCUUCUCAAAUCCAUGUUGAAACACAAAAUGCAAACACUGCACAAAAUGAUGUUACAGAGAUCAGUCAAAAUCUAGAUGAUUUCACUUUAGUGACUGAUGAUGAUGCCUUUCCCGAGCCAGCUGGUGAUCCAUCUCUAAGAGAAUAUCCCCCAAACCCAUAUUCCUCUUUCCAAAGUGAGACACUAAGCGUCACUGAGCAAGACUUCAAUAAGAAAAUGACCACUGACAUUGUUUCAGAUAACAUAACAAAUGGCAACUCCCUCCCAGCACAGAACAUUGGCUCAAAGAUCCAGCAAGACACUAAAGCAGGUCACCAUGCACCUGAUACAACAAGCAACCUAGAAGGCAUUGACCCGGAGAGCCCAGUUUCUGAGCCUGCAGAUAGCUUUGUGGAGUUCAUGCGAGAGUGCCUGAAAUCAAGGCAGGAUGAAGAACCUGACGGCACGCACCAAAGUGUUCCCUCUAAGAAAGAAUUCUGCAAAACUGGUUUGCCUCCUUUCCAGUCCCCUCCUACCAUGGUAAUGGAUCUCGAACAAGAACAGCUUACUAUCAGUGCUCUCAAGGAGCUGGGCAGCAGUCAAGAGGAGGAGGAGGUGGCUUCUCCUGACCAGGACAAAGCUAACUCCACUGCUCUAUCUAUACAGCAGUCUUCCUUUACCUCAGUCCCUAAUCCUCCAUGUUCCCAAAGCGGUCGUGUGUUUGACAGCACGUAUUCCAAAGAGGUAGAAGCCAUUGACGAAUGGGUGGCCGAAGCCUAUCAUCUUGCUGAGCAUGUCUUGACAGCAAUACUAACCCACUUAUCAGUUAAGGAUCUGGUCCACUGGCGAGACCCCAAGAAGUCGGGCUUGGUAUUUGGUCUGUCCCUGCUGCUGCUGCUGUCGCUGGCGGCCUUCAGCGUCAUCAGUGUGGUUUCCUACCUGCUGCUGGCCCUGCUCUGUGUCACCAUCACCUUCCGCAUCUACAAGUCUGUCGUCCAGGCCGUGCAGAAGUCUAGCGAUGGACACCCCUUCAAAGCGCUGAUAGAUAAGGAUGUCAGCAUCCCCCCAGAGACUUUCCGCAAGCACGUGGACUCCAGUCUGACCUACAUCAACCGUGCCCUAAAGCAGAUGAGCCGCCUCUUCCUGGUCGAGGACCUCGUGGACUCCCUGAAGCUGGCUGUGGUCAUGUGGCUGUUCACCUACGUUGGAGCCGUCUUCAAUGGAAUCACCAUUCUCAUUCUCGCUGACAUCCUCCUCUUUGCCGUGCCCCCAGUCUACGAGAAGAACAAGACCCAGAUUGAUCAGUACAUCGACCUGGCACGUACUCAAGUCAACACAACAAUCGCCAAGUUGCAAGAGAAACUUCCCGGAGCUGUGAAGCGCAGCAAAACUGAAUGAUCAACCUCGUCAUUAGAAACCUCCAUGUCACCAUCAUCCUCAUCUACAUUACCAUCUUAACCCCCGCCCUUUACCUUCUCCUUCCCCUCUCCAGAUAACACCCUACCCCUCCCCCGUCUAAUUCCUGCUCCCCACUCCAUCAACCAUCAGCACCCUACUACACUGAACCUUGCUAGGUAGAAAAUCUUUGAGCUAUUCGAUAUUCAAUGUAAAACUACUGCGCAGCUUAACUUGCAAGCAUUAAAAAGAACUGUGCCUGUGCAGACAGGAAGCACGUCGCUAGUGAGGAAGUCAUGUAACGCCGCGGCGGACCCCGACUAUCUGUGGGCGUGCCACAGGGGAGUGGAGGUAGGGUCGAGUGAACUAGACUGAAUCUAUGACCUGGUUUUGUCGGGUACUGCGAGCAGGGGGUGGAUGAUGGCUGUUACUUCACAAAAAAAAAGCAAAUGUCUGUACUCUAAACCACACAUUUCCCUGAAGGUAAAUUGAUAAUUUAAGAAAAGGAAUAAUGAAAAUUCAAUAAAACCAACCUUGUGUUAUUGUGGCUAGUCAUAUCCUGCUCUCUACAGCUGUUGUAUGAUAGAUAUGAGUUCAUUUUUAGAAGCUGGUAAUGGGUUUGCUGUUACUGAUUGGCCUGUUUGUUUGCCUUCACUUUACAGGUACCUUUGUUUGUAAGUUUCUGCAAUGCACUGAACUUUUAUUUUUUAAGCCCAUGAGCAGGUUGAAAUAAAAGGAUUGGAACACUGAGCCAGCUGUGAUAAUUUGGUCUAGUUCACCCUCUUGUGAUCAGGUGCAUUUUUUGAACAGUUUUCUGUAUGUAUAUACACCUUAGACGAGUACAGGCUCUCCCUGCUGUAUAGAACACGUUAGCCUCGCUUUUUAUAUCAAAAGAAAGUUCCCUCAUUCACAGCAGUCCUGACUUCUUUUGUUCACCUGUUCAAGCCACAAAGUGUUGAGCUCUCACGUUGACUUGUAAAUUUUGAUUCUUCUUACUUAGUACUAUUAUUGAUAUUAAUCAUAGGAUGGCUGCUUUGGCCCCGUACUAGCUUGACAAACAGCGUUGUAGGAGUUCUGUUAAGUGUUAUGUUGAGCUUCAUAAUUUUAAACUGGAGGUCUUUCAGAGGCCUCCUGACAAAUAAUUCCUGAUUGUUCAAUAAGUUAAGAGAUACCCGCUCUAAUCCCAAAAUGGCUUCCCAACUCACUGUUAGUGUUUAAAAAAAAAAAGAAGAAAAGUCUACUGCUGAACUGAGUUGAGUUUUAAAACUAUGGAGUCUAGAGUGUGCCACCAGAAUAAAAGGCUUUUACAGUGUUUCAUUAUAUUUGAUAAAACAAAUACAAGAGGUAUGGUUGAAAGCUCUGAGGGGGGAAGCUUUUUUGGGUGAAGAAUGAACUUUCACACCCAAUUUAAUUAGAGCUUUUUAUUCAUUUUGCAUUUAAAUGAUGCAGUAGUAAACUUAAAUUGGGGGGAAAAGAAUGAAAAAUCUUUAGAUUUCUGUCAGGUAUCUUUUAAAGAUACAUGUAACAACAAUUUUAAAAUGGCGAGAGGUUGGCCAGUCGCAGUUCCUGUUGCUGCUCUAGGUUAGACUGAUUAAAUUUAAGCACUGCUUACAGGUCUUAAAAUUAAAGAGACAUUAUAGAAACUGUAAAUGUUAAAGCAGGAGGUAUAUUCAGUACUUAUUAAAAUUAGUGAUUCCACUGAAAGUAUGAAAAUUGAAAAUGACAUUUAACUGAAUUUGCAAUAACUUUAAAAUGUAAAAAUUCCUGAAUGUUUAAGGGAAGUUCUGUUGGCACAUUUUAGACUCAACAAAACCUCAACAGUGACCUAUGAGGACGUUUAGAGAGGAGGGGCUUGUGUAACAACAGUUGUGUAUAGAGUGUAGCUAUGGAAGUUUAUGGAGUGAUUCUAGAGCUCGGUUUGUCACUUUUUUCUUUGACUGCCAUGAAGUGCAUGUCGUAGUGUAAGCUGGAAACAGAUUCUCACCCUUCAUAUAGGCUGUAUCAUAUUCUUGACCCUGACUUUUGUUUAAUAUGAUUAUUACUUGUGAUCGUUUCAAUGGUGUUUUUGAACUCCGUAAAAAACAUAGACAUAUGUUAGCACUACUGCUAUGCCUCCAUAUUGUUUUAAGGGAUGAAUAUAUUGAAGAAAUGAAAUUACAUGUUAGUGUUGCUGUUUCAUUGUACCCCGAAGUAAGUUUGCUGGGAGUGAAUGUCCCCCGAUUACUGAAAGGCCAACAGUGGAAGAUCAUCUUUUCAUUUCCUCUCAAUGCAGUAACUACUCAAGCUACUACUACUCGACAUGUGCCUGUGUGCUGAAUGUUUUCUCUGGUGGAACAUUCCUUCCCAUGCAUGCCCUCCACUGUGAGUCAUCUCACUGUGAUUGACUCACAGAUUUCUUGGUUGACCCGCCCCCCUGUGCAUUGUGUCAUUCAGACUCUUGGGUGUUAAAGCCAAAAUAUGCAACGUUUCUGUUGGAGAUACUAGCUGUUAGUUGGUUGUUGGUGAGCAGCAUCUGUAAAGGUGCAAAAGAAGCAGACAGUGAGUGGGGAAUCAGGCGGCAAUACAGAGACCGAUGGCUUUGGCAUGCAUCCAGUUUAUUUAUUUGAAUGUGGAGAAGUUGCAUAUUGUAGCUUUACAUGGUGUCAUUUUCAUCUAAAAGAAAAACUUCAUGCAAGCUACUGGAGCCGUUAUACUUACAUAAAGUCAGUUUAUUUAUAGGGUCAGUCAGUUCAACCAAAUUAAAAGAGGGUGUAUGUCACACACAAGCUAGUGGGAUCUGAAGAUGCAGAUUUUCAUUCUUUCUGAACUGACCCUUUGAUGUUCAGCCAGUGACCUUUAAGCUGUGCUAUAAAAGCUAACCAGCUUUUCAUAUGCACAACACCUUUAAGUGAACCUUUAGUUCAGAACAGGCCAUGUUUGUGUUAGUGUUCUACCAAGGCUAAAUAGAUAACUACUUCUCUGAAUCAUAGUUGGCUUAUUUCUUUAGAGUGUAAUAUAUAAUAUGAAUAAAACUCCAUAUUUUAUCCUGUUCCUUCACAGCAUGUUGCUUUUUUCCUUUUCCAGUGCGUCGCUGUGUUUUCAUCGGGUAAUGGGAGUGUGUGACAGGACUGUUUGACUUUUUUUUUUCUCUCUGGUGAGUCUUUUUUUUUUUUUGCUUUUGACUCUUUGCUGGUAUCUAGAUGUUGUUCACUAACAUCAGCUCUGUUUUGUAUAAUGACUUGGGUUCCAGUUUUUGAAGCUUUGGGAAAGAUGUUGCAGGCAAAAAAAAAGAAAAUGGAAAAAAAGUAUGUGGUCUCUGUACUGAUGUCAAAGUGAAAUUAAUAAAAACAUGUCAAAGGAC